CACGGACGCUCUUCGCCCUCCAAAACGACGCCGAAGAAACCGUUACUGUGGUAACGCUGGUUUUGGACAUUCCCAGUUAGUUACCAAUGGGAAGCUUUCUGUCUUCGAAAGAUACUUAAACGUGGCCUACGUUUAUUUAAAAAAACUGGAGUAAGUAGCUGGCUAGUUCACACUAGCCUCGGACUUCACGCGAUGUCGGUGAUGAGCAGCCUCGUGCCGGCUCGGUUUCUGGCUCUCGCUGCGCACCUCGUUAUUGUCGUCACCAUCUUCUGGUCGCGGGAGAACAACGUUAGAGCAAGCUUGCCGCUGGACUUCACGGAAGAACAACACAGGACCGAGGACACGCGGCUUGUUAUUGGUCUCUCUGUCACCGUAUGUCUGUUUCUUGUUGAGCUGGUUGGAUUCUUCUCUGGAGUGUCCAUGUUCAACAGUAACCAAAGCCUGCUGUCUGUGGCAUCUCACUGCAGUGCAUCGGUCAGUCUCUCCUUCUUCGUUUUCCAGCAGUGGGAGUGUUGGACCUACUGGCUCGUGUUCGGCCCCUGCAGCGUGAUUCCUACACUUUGUGAGCUGGUUCAGAUGAUUGCUGUGCUUGGACUGAAAAAGAAGCCAGUGUGAAUGUCCUUCUCCUGCCAUGUCCCAUCCCUAAGACACGGACAGCAGCACGCUGAUCCCACCACACCCGUUCUGCUCUAUUACAGCAAGUCCACAUGAUGAGCUUCCCAAAGUCUAGUGCUCAGACAUUGGCUUUAUGGAUUAAAUGUAAGGUUUUGCAGAGGGAUUUAAGUUCUAAUGAGGUGCCAUAUGAAAGGACACACUGUCAGUCAGGUUCUCUGCAUCAUUUUUGACUAUUUUAGUACUGUGAGAAAAACUGGUCAUAGGACUCGUCAUAAAUGUUGAGAAACCAGAACCGUAAUCCAGUACUGUUGGUAUACCUUGCUCAGUCUUUUGAUAUCUGCGUGCCUACUAGAGCAGAGAAUCUCACAAUGUAAAAAGAAUUUAAAAUUCUGUUCUGAGAUUUUUACCUGAGAGAUUUGGAACUAUUGAUUUGUACAUAAUUUUCUUAUGCAUAAUUAAAAGAUUUAAGGUUGUUUUUUUUAGCUUUUUUUUUAGCAUUUGUCACAGUGGCACACAGAAGCAUACAAUAAAAAGAAAUAUGGC